CCCUCCCCUCUCUCCGUACGAUUGCCACCACGGUGUGUUAGUGCUGCUGGUGAUGGUGGAGCAGCGAUUGCGGUGUCGUGGUAGUGUUUAAAAACCACUGCCUCGUUAGCUUCAAGUCAUCGGCCGGCAGCCACAAAGGAGACAGUCAAUAUCUCGCAAGUUUCUCGUGCGUUGUACACCGGACUGUUCGCUGCCAAUCCUUUUUGACAAAAACCCAGCGCAACGUUGUCAACACACAGCACCAUGCUCGCCGAGUACUGCGAUCCCCUGAAUGGCACUUGCUUCGUUGCCCAAUCGGGUGUGGAUAUCGAGACAGUCAAGCCGCAAUACUCGUUUCUGUUCGAAUUCGAGGAGAAAUUCGACAAAGAUGCCAACCGCCUUUGGAUGCAUCAGAACUGGCACACGUCAUUCUACUGGGCCGCAUUGUACCUCUCGCUAGUUUUCGGAAUCAAAUGGUACAUGCUGAAGCGCUCUGCAUUCGAGCUGAAGAAACCAUUGGUCAUAUGGAAUCUCCUCCUAGCGUGCUUCUCUAUCCUUGGAGCAUGUCGCACAGUCCCCGAAUUGGCCCAUGUGAUGAGGAAAUUCGGAUUCCAGCACUCAGUCUGCAAUCCGUCGUACAUCGAGUAUGACCGUGUCGCCGGCUUCUGGACGUGGAUGUUCGUCCUGAGUAAGCUCCCUGAGCUCGUCGACACGAUUUUCCUCGUGCUCCGCAAACGUCCACUCAUCUUCCUUCAUUGGUAUCACCACAUCACCGUGCUGUGCUUCAGUUGGUACUUCUACCAACAGCAUAUAGCUCCAGCACGUUGGUACGUCGUGAUGAACUACACCAUCCACAGUGUCAUGUACAGCUACUAUGCGGCUAGGGCUCUUCACGUGAAACUUCCGGCGUGGUCGAAUUGGUCGAUCACCCUCCUCCAAAUCACUCAAAUGGCCGUAGGUUUUUACGUAACUCUACACGCCUACCUCACGGGUCCAACGUGCGCGAUCGUUCCCCAGACUGCGCUGUGGUCCAUAUACAUGUACUUGUCGUACUUCGCUUUGUUCGCCUUGUUCUUCUACAGAGCAUACCUCGGCGGAGCCAAGGCCAAGAGGUCAGCACGGGUAGAAGGGAAGAAGCCCUCUUCGAAAAUCCAAUGAGGGAACCGAUCAGCAUUUAUUAGAAGAAGUGUAGCGGUGGAAAACAUAUUCGUAUAGGUAAUCCAAUCGCGUCAGAAAAUUUGGGAAUGUUUCUUCCUUCGGGUAGAACUCUCUCACGAUGAGCGGCUUCACAACUCCGGACGAACGGGGACAUGGGACGGCACCCUGAUGAGCCAUUCACACGGUGAACAUAAUAGAAUACUGUCGGCGGCGAAUCCGCGGCUCGGAGGUUUCGCGUGUCUAGCAUUCAAUUCUCUAACUCCGUGGAUCAUACCCAGACCCGUCGACAAUCAAUGCAUCUCCCUCAGACAGACCAUUUACUAAUCUUGGGAUGUGGAGGAGUUGCAUAACUCACUCUUUUAUACGCCUUGACUAAGCAGUGCUUUCCAUUAAUAUAUGUUUUGUCCUCGUCACGGUGUGGACUAGUGUAGCUAAGGCUAAGGAAGAGUUGCUCUGGCGUGCGACAAUGAAACAAAGAGCAAACUUUCCCCCUCAUGGAAAAGUAAGAAAUCCGAAUCCCCAGAAAGAGAGUCGAUCCGACGACAUUUAUGAGUGAGAAUGAAAUGACGCUCGAUUCCGAACGCCUAUUUCAAAGGGGUGAUCAUCGUACGGAUGCAGAGAAUCACGUCAAAUAUUUAUAAUAACAACAACAACAAAUAGAUAGGUAUUUCAAGACGCCUCGGAGAAAUGCUAUACCAAAGCAAGGUUGGCUCGAAGGUCGGCCAGUUCCAGAGCAUCGAGAGGUUUCUCAAGGAACUUCUAGAGUUUUUACUUUCCGUACUUCUAGGACGACUAGCGUGGGCGUCGCUAAUGUUAUCAGCAGAGGCGAAAAUGAAAACAUUGACAACGAAGAAAAGUCAUUCAGGGGAAACUUGUCAGAUUCGGGAGGUGGAAGACGCGUGAAAAGAUACCUCAGAGGAAUCGUGUGCCUGUGGUGGGAGAACUUCCACGCUUUCCUCUGAGUUGAGGAUCAGCUCCCCGAGAAUAGAGAGAAAACGCCGUACAGUUUGUUUCAGGCAAGUUGUUGAGAACGGGUUACGAAUAAACCGAUUCCAUUACACUCGCCA